CUCGCGAUAGAUUUUCAACGUGACCAAUGUAACAACUGUCAACUGGCUACAAGACAAACUCCAUCAUAGUUGAUGCAGAAGGAUCGAAGCUCUGUGAACGAUGGGGCUGUUGUCUAUAGGCAUAGGGCCCCUUCGGAACCGAGCCGGGACAGUCCGGACCUGGAGCCGAGAUUUCUCUACUAUUUCUGCAACACACAAUCGUGCAGCCGCAGCUUUGAAGGUGUCCUGUAUCAAGAAGAAAUAUGGAGGAUUUUACCAACUUGGUAUUCCCCUCACUAGGUCACUUAGUGCAAACAAACCACCAAGAGGUUUUGAGAAAUUCUUCCCAAAGAAUCAAGAAAUCAACAAAUCUGUUGAAAAAGAACAAGUAAAAGAUCAAGAGUCAUUUGAAAAAGAAAAUGAAGAUGACACUGAAAACCAAAACAAUCAUAAAGAAAGAAAAAACAAACAGUCGGACUGGUGGACACGUUUUCAGGAGGAGUGGUCCUUUAAUGACAAAAUAUAUUUGAAUGUUGCUGUUGCUGCUGCUGGAGUCUCUUCUGCUGUAUUGUACUUUUACUUCCGUGAGACUGGGGUCCAUAUUUCCUGGAAAGACUUUGUGGACCAUUACUUAUGCAAAGGCUUGGUGGAUCACCUGGAGGUCAUCAACAAACAGUAUGUCAGAGUAAUUCCUGUCAGUGGAGUUGACACUUCACAAGUGAAUUACUUGUGGUUCAACAUUGGCAGUGUGGACUCCUUUGAACAUAAUUUGAAGGUGACUCAGCAGGAAACAGAUUUAGAGUGUACCAAAGUCCCUGUGAUCUACUGCAGUGAAACUGAUGGGAGCAUUCUGUUAAACCUCCUCUCCCCUUUACUGUUGAUUGGGUUUUUACUUUUUGCCACACGUCACGGUCCUCUGUCAGGACGGAACCUUGGUGGACAAGGCAGGAGUGUUUUUGACAUGAGUGAAUCUAAAGCAAAGUUAUUAAAACACAAUGUUGGUGUGAAGUUCAAAGAUGUGGCUGGGUGUGAUGAAGCUAAAUUGGAAAUUAUGGAGUUUGUUAAUUUCCUGAAGAACCCAAAGAAAUACAGAGACCUUGGAGCUAAAAUUCCAAAGGGCGCUCUGUUAUCGGGACCUCCUGGGACAGGGAAGACACUGUUGGCCAAAGCCACUGCAGGAGAAGCUGAUGUCCCGUUUAUUUCUGUAAACGGCUCUGAAUUCCAGGAAAUGUUUGUUGGUGUGGGCUCUGCCAGAGUGAGAGAUAUGUUUGCCCUGGCACGGAGACAUGCCCCUUGUAUCCUGUUUAUUGAUGAGAUUGAUGCUCUGGGUAGAAAGAGAGGAAAUGGUAACUUUAGCUCCCACAGUGAACAGGAGAACACACUCAACCAGCUACUUGUAGAGAUGGAUGGUUUUAAUAGCAACACAAAUGUGAUAGUUUUAGCUGGAACCAAUCGAGCUGAUAUCCUCGAUCCAGCUUUGCUGAGGCCUGGCCGCUUUGAUCGUCACAUACAUCUAGGACUACCAGAUGUUAAAGGCAGGGCGUCCAUUUUUAAGGUGCAUCUAAAACAGCUGAAGUUGAACUCCUGUAUAAAACUUGAACUUUUAACUCGAAAACUUGCUGAACUAACCCCAGGAUUCACUGGGGCUGAUAUUGCUAAUGUAUGCAACGAAGCUGCUUUAAUUGCAGCACGUCAUCUGAAUCCACAUGUUGACUCUAAGCACUUUGAACAGGCAGUGGAGAGGAUAAUUGGAGGUCUCGAAAAAAAGUCCCACACUCUGCAGCUUGCAGAGAGGACCAUAGUUGCCUAUCAUGAGGCUGGGCAUGCGGUCACUGGUUGGUUUUUAGAACAUGCAGACCCUCUUCUGAAGGUAUCCAUUGUCCCCAGGGGCAAAGGCUUAGGUUAUGCCCAGUAUUUACCUAAAGAACAGUAUUUGUUCAGUCAAGAACAACUGUUCGACCGAAUGUGCAUGACCUUAGGAGGUCGAGUGGCUGAGGAGGUUUUCUUUAAACGCAUCACCACAGGGGCUCAGGAUGACCUCAGAAAGGUCACACAAUCUGCUUAUGCACAGGUUGUACAACUGGGAAUGAGUGAGGCAUUUGGUCAGAUGUCAUUUGACCUACCUCAGCUUGGAGACAUAGUUACAGAGAAGCCUUUCAGUGAGCCCACAGCCCAACUCAUAGACCAGGAGGUUCGUGCACUUGUAGCUGCUGCCUACCAGCGCACCCUGAAGCUUGUUACUGAAAAGAAACAAGCUGUCGACAUGGUGGCCAAACGUCUCCUUAAAAAAGAAUCAUUGCAGAAAUCGGACAUGGUUGAGCUGUUGGGUCCCCGUCCAUUUAACAAACCAUCAGUGUACGAAGAGUUAUUAGAAGACAAGAGUAAACAUGAAGUGGACAUGAAGUUGCCGCCUGUUAGUUUAAAAACUAUAGAGACGGAAAGAACAGACCACUUCUGUGAUGAGACAAUUUGGACACACUAAUGUCUUGUCAAACUGUCUGACAGCUUGACCUGAUCCAUGACUUAUCUGAUCUAUACUGAUAACCAAUGCAGUGGUUUGACAGGUGAGAAUCACCUUGAAUUGUGCAAUUUAAGAUUUUACAUUUAUGAUAAAAAUCUGAAUCAAACUAUUUUACACAGCUGCCAAUAGCUGUUUUCUUUUUUUAUAACACCUUUUAAAAUGAUAUUGAUACAAAGAUGUUGAAAACAAAUUUUCACAUCAAAUUGUUCCAGCCUGGAAACAGGUCCCUAAACUGGCAGUGACACAUAUUUUAAGUAUCUCUAAGAUACACAUGUUCUCUGAUCAAUUUCAUAGUUAAUGAAUAUGAAUAUAGGAAGAUGAGGGUGUUUACUGUAAGAUAUGGUGACUUUUUUGUGUUAUAAAUUAAAUCACAUAGUUUUUAAGAUGUUUAUUUACCCUUCACAUUUUCCAGUGUUGAUCUUUAUAGCAUAUCAGCUAUAUCUGCCUCAGAAUUAUUGGCAUUGAUGAUUAAACUAAAUUGCAAAUUUGGCACUUAAUUAAUUUUUUUGGCAUUCUUAUAAUUCUCUCUAUAGUGCAAGUUAAAAUUAGAAACUUUUUUUCACACAUUUUUUACAGUUUCCUUUAGCCAGUUACAUGAAUGUAUAAAUAACUUCAUAAUCAACUGUAGUUUUGUUUCUUCAUCUCAAAAUGCCAAUAAUCCUAAAGUAUUUGUAACAUGUAUCUUAGAGAAGUGCAGUAUGCUUUUAAAAUUUACAGUACUGUAGUGUACUCUGACAUCUACAGGGUGUGACAGAAAUAAGUUUUGAUAAGAUGCGUUUAA